AUGGCUACCAUGAUUCGUCUUUGUCUUUGCUUCUCCAUCAUAGUCCUUCACCUUGUCUCCAGAAUGGCUCAAUCUGAAAAUUAUAUCAUCCACAUGGACUCAUCAUCCAUGCCCAAACUAUUCUCCACCAAACACAAUUGGUAUCUGUCAACCCUUUCUUCUGCACUAGAAAAUACUCAUGUUACAACCAAUGAUAAUAUUCUCAACACUGCUUCCUCUAAGCUGAUUUAUACCUACACCAACGUCAUGAAUGGUUUUAGUGCAAAUUUGUCACCUAAUGAACUUGAAGCCCUCAAAAACUCCCCGGGUUACAUUUCUUCCACACUAGAUCUGCAAGCCAAGCUUCACACCACACACUCACCCCAAUUCCUUGGCCUCAAUCCCAAAAUAGGGGCAUGGCCUGCUUCGAAAUUCGGCGAAGAUGUCAUUGUUGGGUUGGUGGACAGUGGACUUUGGCUAGAAAGUGAAAGCUUCAAAGAUGAAGGGAUGACUGAAAUUCCUUCACGGUGGAAAGGCCAAUGUGAAAGUAGCAUCAAAUGCAACAACAAACUCAUAGGAGCUAGGCUCUUUAACAAAGGGUUCACUUUUGCCAAAUACCCUAAUCUCGUAACAUUUGAGAACUCAACUCGAGACACAGAAGGCCACGGGACACACACAUCAAGCAUUGCAGUUGGAAGCCAAGUUGAGAAUGCAUCAUUCUUUGGCUUUGCCAAUGGAACAGCACAAGGAAUAGCUUCAAGGGCGAGAAUAGCAAUGUACAAGGCCGUGUGGGAUGGUAAAGCUCACUCAACUGAUGUAUUAGCCGCGAUUGAUAGUGCAAUAUCAGAUGGUGUUGAUGUUCUUUCCUUAUCAUUCGGCUUUGGUAAUAUAAGCAUGUACAGUGACCCCAUUGCUAUAGCCACGUUUGCAGCCAUGGAGAAAGGCAUUUUUGUGUCCACAUCAGCAGGGAAUUCUGGCCCUGAUCGUGGAACUCUAAAUAGUGCAAUACCAUGGGUCAUAAACGUUGGUGCUAGCACUUUGGAUCGUGAAUUUCGAGGGACUCUUGCUCUUGGCAAUGGAGUCAACAUACCUGGCUUGUCACUCUACCUAGGAAACUUCUCCGCCCACCAAGUUCCUAUUGUUUUUAUGGACUCGUGUGACACUUUGGAGAAACUUGCCAAUGCGAGUGGCAAGAUUGUGGUUUGUAGUGAAGAUAAGAAUAAUGUGCCACUGUCAUUUCAAGUGUAUAAUGUGCAUUGGUCAAAUGCUGCCGCGGGAGUCUUCAUAUCUAGCACGAUUGACACGUCGUUUUUCUUAAGGAAUGGUUCUGCAGGCAUCAUUAUUAACCCGGGAAAUGGACAAAUUGUCAAAGCUUACAUCAAGAGUAACCCUAAUGCAAAAGCAUGCAUGUCUUUUAAGACAACAACUUUAGCUACUAAACCAGCACCAAGUGUGGAUGUUUACAGUUCUAGAGGGCCUUCAAGUAGUUGUCCAUUUGUGUUGAAACCAGACAUCACUGCUCCAGGUACAUCAAUCUUAGCUGCAUGGCCUCCAAAUCUUCCAGUGGCACAAUUUGGGUCCCAAAACCUUUCCAGUAACUUCAAUUUUUUAACUGGCACAUCCAUGGCAUGCCCUCACGUGGCAGGUGUGGGAGCACUGUUAAGAGGAGCACACCCUGAUUGGAGCCCUGCAGCUAUUAGGUCAGCCAUUAUGACAACAUCGGAUAUAUUCGACAAUACUAAGGAACUCAUCAAGGACAUUGCUGAUGAUUACAAACCAGCCUCUCCUUUAGCCUUGGGAUCUGGUCAUGCCAACCCCAACAAAGCCCUUGACCCUGGACUUGUUUACGAUGUAGGAGUUCAAGAUUAUGUCAAUCUUCUCUGUGCAAUGAGCUCCACUCAACAGAACAUCUCAAUCAUCACUAGAUCGUCUACUAAUAAUUGCUCCAAUCCUUCCUUGGAUCUCAACUACCCUUCUUUCAUUGGUUUCUUCAGUAGCAAUGGUUCUUCUAAUGAAUCAAGGGUAGCUUGGGAAUUUCAGAGAACAGUGACCAAUGUUGGGGAGAAACAAACAAUCUAUUCUGCUAACGUUACACCCAUCAAAGGGUUUAAUGUUAGUGUUGUUCCAAGCAAGUUGGUGUUCAAGGAGAAGAACGAGAAGCUAAGUUAUAAGUUAAGGAUAGAAGGUCCAAUGGUCGAAGGCUUUGGGUAUCUGACUUGGACGGACAUGAAGCAUGCGGUGAGGAGCCCUAUUGUGGUCACCAAUCAGGCACCCUCAAAUUCAAUUUCCAUAUAG